CUUCCGCGGGUGGCUUCCGCCUGAAUCCCACAGUGCACCGCGCAGCAAAGAUGGUGGUUCCCGUGCAGCGCGGCUUGGCUCGGCUGCCCCUCCGGGUUUGCCUGCAGGGUGCAGAAUCCUUACUCAGUCCUAUCCGGCUGGCUCAAUCCUCUCUUGUGGUCCCAGUGAGAACAAAGAAGCGUUUUGUUUUCCCCCCACGUGUUGAAACAAAAUAUACAACUCCACAAGAACGUGAGAAGAAAAUCAAAGCACAAGGGACUGUGAUCCCUCAUGAGGAACUGGAACGCCCUAUAACUCUGGCCUGCACAGCUUCUAUUUUUGACCCUUACAUCCCUCCUGAAGGUGAUGCUCGCUUGUCUUCCCUGUCCAAGGAGACGCUGAAACAAAGGACAACGCAGCUCAAGCAAAGUACCAUUUCACAAUUAGCCAUACGGACGGUGAAACAAUAUGAUCCCAACUUCAGAGCCAAAGCCUUCCCAGAGAUGGCGCAGGAGAUAUUUAUUGAAGCCCACAAUUGCCUAACCAAUUUUAACAAGAACAAGCUUCAUUCUUUGGUGACUGAACGCUGCUACCCGGAAAUGGUACAUGGGAACAGAUACAAGACCAUCCGUUGGAGCUUUGUGGAGUCGUUGGAGCCUCCAAGGACCGUUCAAGUCCGACAUUUCGUCAUGGUGAACAAAGGCAACCUGUAUGGGCAGGUGACAGUGCGCAUGCACACCCGACAGACCUUGGCGAUUUAUGAUCGGUUUGGACGGCUAAUGUAUGGUGCAGAGGAUGUGCCAAAAGAUGUUCUGGAGUACGUUGUAUUUGAGAGGCACUUGGUCAACCCUUACGGCUCUUGGCGGAUACAUGGCAAGAUAGUGCCCUCCUGGGCUCCACCAAAGGACCCCGUUACUAAGACGGUGAUGAUCCCUGGCCCAGCCCUGGAUCCCUUACAAGAAUUUGAUGAGCUCCAGCAUGAAAUUCCAAAGCCUGAGCAGAUACAACGAUACAAAUAAUGGAUGAAGGGCAUGGGGGCAGAGAGUGGAAACGCAGUGGGCUGGAGAUGGGACUGCUUCCCAGCUGUGCUAUCAGCAAGUAACAUGUCUCUAGGUUUGGAUUCCACCUAUGUGCAUGUGCCAUUGGGGGAGUCCCUGCAGGGCUACUUGGAGCAAACAGAAUGCUGUUCAGGGGAGAUCUUCUCCAUACCUACCACACACAGUUCAAUGAGAUGUUACUCAAACCUUGUUACGCUUUGGAGACCCAGUACUUCAGGAUCCAUCAGCGUGCAACCAUCAAUGCAGGAGCUGACUGUACAUCAUUGGCAACAAAAGCACCUAUGGGCUGGUGUGCAAGACUCUCUCUCUAUACCCUUGUUGCCUCCUUAUCUUAAGUGAAGCUUUUAUAGUAGGCUUAUAGUGAUGGGGCGUGGUCACCCCUGAACACCCUGAUCCUGAAUGCCUGUUCUCCUUUCUUAAUCUGUCCUCUUACUCCCCAAAUCCUCAUAAAUCUGUGGGACAUCAGCAAAUGUAUUCCUAGGUCAGAUGUUGGAAACUGGCUGUAGAUUGUCAUCUGCUUGUCCUGUCAACACUGAGGUGAUUGUUCCCAAGAAGUCUGUAGCAUUGUGUGUGUAAAAUAAUAGAGUAAUUGAUUCUAAAGUUG